AAAAAAAAAAAAAAAAAAAAAAAGUGAAAAGUAGGUAAGAGCAAAGAUCGAAGAUCGAGUUUGAUAUGACACGAUCGUACGCCCACAGCAUUUUAAGUAUCGCAGGAUCACAGCACCCAACAGUCUCGACCUUUUUUUAUUUGUUUGUUUGCAGAAGCAAGGGUAUAUACAAUUGGUUAUGUAUAGAUAUAUACAAUGUAACAAAUAUAUCCAUCGGUAUUCUAACUAUUAUUGACCAUUUCCAUGGUAUAUCUUGCAUAGUCUAAGCGUAUAACCUCGGGUUGCAUAAGUAUACCAUCC